GGACAAAUGUAAUCGAGGACGAAUCACGUUCGAGAGAAGCGAAUGCCCUCGUCAUCGUGUGCGGUUCCUCUUGAAGUUGGAUUUUGUUGCAGUGGGGUGUUAAAAUUAUGUUAAUUUUGAAGUGAACAACAGUAUUGGUGAUGUUGACCUUAGGAUUAUCUUUAUUUCGCCUAAAAACUGUAAAAGAACCUAAAUUGACCGUAGUAAUCCGUCGAAAAUCAAGAAAGCUUCAAACGUGUUUGAAGCUUUCGGUUUCGCAUUAAUGGAACUAUGAACCUGGACCCUUUAACGUUUAGCUUAUUACAAAUCAAUAAUCUCGUUGUUAAUCUAAAUAAGAAGAACUUUAAGCAGACAAGUCAAGAGUUAACGCAGAUUGUCAACACUCAUGGCUUGGAAGCGGAAAACCAACUGCUGAGGUCUUUGUUUACUGAAGCGGCUAAGUCAUCGUGGGACAACGAUCGCUCAGGGACCACAAGCACCAGUGUCCACGCAUCUCUUCUUGCUCAGAUUCUUGCCUCUCUUCUUAACCAUCCGGCUAAAUCAACAGUUGUCUGUCGAGCUAUUGACAACCCUGCUCGGUCAUUGCAAAAGACUUUUAAACCAUCAAACACAUUACUUACUCGCCUUGCAAGGCUACUAAAAUUAACGACUGCUCAAGAUGUCGCUUUCUCACUGGUAUUAAGAAGACAUUCUUCGAAGCCUGAGAUAGCAACAUUUGCAAAACAACAUCUCAAAAAACGUUUUUUGGAUCUAGUACAGUGUUAUCUCGACGCAGAGCGUGGACACCAAGCGGAGCGUGCAGGUCUUCAGGAAUGCAGCCCUGAAGUUUUGCAAACUCUAUUGACCAGUCUCACUUAUGAUAAUUUCAGAUUAGCUACGGUUACAAAAGAUUUGUUUCUAAAACGAUUACGUGUGGACUUUCCACGUGAAGUGGUUCCUAUUGUAUUAGCUCCUCUCCUAUAUCCCGACGAUACAAAGACGCCUCUUGAGGAAAUGACAACAGGCAGUGACAUGGCCGCAACAAUGAUGGACAAUUCACUGGCCGAAGUUAUUCGUGAUCUCGGAUAUGCUUUUACAGCCUCAGUUGAAGAAUGCAAAACGCACAUGUUGAAUUUUGGUGCACGAGAGCCUACAGCUAUCGAUGUGGCAAGAAUCAUAUCACUGAUGGUUAGAUAUCAUGCUACUAUUCAAGAUACUCCACAAAUUCAAAACCCUGGUAAUUUCUGGGUGAACCACGAAGCCAAAAAAGAUGCUACACUUGGACAUGGCGAAGCAUGGAAUGCGGAAGUGUUUGUGCAGACAUUAAAAGAACUUGCUUCUAACUUGAAUUGGAAAGAAGUAAUUCUUCAACUCGAUCAUCCCGAAUUUAUUGUUCCUGACAGGCAAGGUUUAAGCUUGCUUUUUACAAUUUUACGCUUGGGUUUACAAAGCGCAGGAUACCCAGCGAAUAUCUUUCCAGUAGAAUAUCUUUGUCGACGAUGGACAAAUUUAGAAGGACAGAUGAGUCUUAUCACAAAUAUUCUUAAACACCCUGAUGUUUUCAGCCUCGCUGAUUAUCCUUUUCAUCCAGUGUCUAUUGAUUUACUGAAGUCGCCUCCAGAAACUGACAACAAAGAAGUAGCAACAUGGCGUUGUCUCUAUUUAGUCGAACUGCUUUUGUAUGCCUCCGAGCGUGGAUAUUAUUUACAAGUACAUGACCUAUUUAAAUUUCCACUGCAGCACUGUCCUGAUAUCUUGCUCUUGGCAUUGCUGCAGAUCAGUCCACCUAUCACUGUUUUUAGACAGGAAUUGCUGACUACUCUAAUACCAAUUUUCUUGGGAAAUCAUCCGAAUUCUGGCAUCAUAUUACAACAUGCUUGGCAUACUCAAAACCCAAACAUAAAACCAAUUAUAAUGCAUGCUAUGGCAGACUGGUACAUGCGCGGUGAUUGUGAUCAGUCAAAACUAUCAAGAAUAUUGGAUGUUGCACAGGACCUCAAGGCGCUUUCCCUCCUAUUGAAUGUUCAAUCAUUCCCAUUCAUAAUCGAUCUGGCGUGUUUAGCAUCUCGGAGAGAAUAUUUAAAACUCGAUAAAUGGCUUACAGACAAAAUACGAGACCAUGGUGAGUCAUUUGUAACGGCUAUGGUUAAGUUUCUACAACGACGAUGUCCACCCGUCAUUGGUAAAGUACCCGAAGAACAGCUUCCUAAAGCAGCUCAACUACCGCCAGAAACAGUGGGCACAAUGUUAGCAUGCCUACAACUUUGCAUUCCUAAUGUUCAACAAGAGUUACAGGAAGCAAUUUACGCACUAAUUACAAAUUGUCAAACAUUAAUACUAAGUAAAACUAGACCAAACAUUACAGGAAUACCAAGAGCACACACGAGAGUAAUAGAAACACCCUUCAACCCUGCUGGUUUAGGGGGGCAGCUAUUCACUCCGCAUGUCGAUUCUAUUGCAAGUUUAACUCCUAAUGUAGCGAAUCUGACUCUUGGGGCUCCCGGUAAUACGGCAUUUGCUAUGCCUGGCACUCUUGGACCUUUAGUGACUGCUCCUGGGUCACCGUCUCGUCUAAUUGGUGCCGGUCCAAAUAGCCCCUUUCCUAUGAUACCGAUGCAACAUGGUGCUAAUGUGGCAACUAUGAGUGCUUUAGCCCGGAUGCCGCCUGGGCCAGCAAUGGAUAAACAUCGUAUACCCGAUCCAAUACAUUUUCCCGAAAUCAUGCAUAAUGUUUCUAAGGAAAUCGAAGAUGAGGCUAACGGCUAUUUUCAAAGAAUCUAUAAUCAUCCUCCUCAUCCAACUCUAUCCAUUGAUGAAGUGCUCGAUAUGUUGAAGAAAUUUCAAGAUUCGCCCAACAAAAGAGAACGCGAAGUGUUCUCCUGCAUGUUGAGAAAUUUGUUUGAAGAAUACAAAUUCUUUCCACAGUACCCAGAUAAGGAAUUGCACAUAACUGCGCAACUAUUUGGUGGUAUCAUCGAAAAGGGGCUAGUUCCAAGUUACGUAUCACUUGGGCUAGCUUUGAGAUUCGUCUUAGACGCUUUAAGGAAACCUGAGGGUUCUAAAAUGUACUACUUUGGCAUUGCCGCAUUGGACAGGUUUAAGUCCAGGCUUAAAGAUUAUCAUAAAUAUUGCGAACAUGUGAGAGCCAUCCCUCAUUUUACUGAAUUCCCUCCACACUUGAUUGAAUACAUAGAAUACGGCCUGCAGAGCCAAGAGCCGCCUACUAAACCACAAGGAGCGGUGUUACCCGCAACUUUAGCUUCUAUGUUGAGUCAAACUGCUGUUGUAACUGUUGCUGCACCUUACAGGACGGUUGUUCCACCUAGCUGCAUAUCUGUAUUAUCGAAAAAUGCAAACUGUGCUGCCGGUGGCAUAGGCAGUAGACCAUCCAUUGCCAAUGCAACUAACAUUGACACAUUAUUGACUGCAACGGAUAGAGACGAUAAGAUAAAUACACCUCCAGAGGCUAUUCAAGAUAAAACUGCUUUCAUUUUCAAUAACCUCAGUCAGCUCAAUUUACAGGCGAAGUGUGAUGAAUUAAAAGAAAUAAUAACUGACGAAUAUUUUCCUUGGCUUGCGCAAUAUCUUGUCAUGAAAAGAGCAUCAAUUGAAUUAAAUUUUCACGUUUUAUAUUCGAAUUUCCUAGACGUGCUCAAAAUAAGGGAAAUUAAUAAACUGGUGACAAAAGAAACAUAUCGAAACAUCAGAGUAUUAUUGCGUUCUGACAAAGGCAUAGCUAACUUUUCCGACCGUUCAUUGCUCAAGAAUCUUGGUCAUUGGUUAGGCAUGCUUACAUUGGCACGUAAUUUACCCAUCCUUCAAGUCGAUUUAGACCUCAAAGCACUUCUACUUGAAGCUUAUCACAAAGGCCAACAAGAGUUAUUAUAUGUGGUGCCGUUUGUAGCCAAGGUCUUAGAAUCCUGCGCUAAGAGUGUUGUUUUCAAACCGCCCAAUCCAUGGUCAAUGGCUCUUAUGAAUGUUCUGGCUGAAUUACAUCAAGAACCUGAUUUGAAACUAAAUUUGAAGUUUGAAAUAGAAGUACUUUGUAAAAACCUUUGUCUUGACAUACAAGAUUUGAAGCCUACUCUCUACUUAAAAGAUCCAGACAAGAUAAGAACCAUCGAGUUCCAGCUUUCACAGCCCAAACAAAAUAAAGAGCAGCAACAACAACAGCCACCGCAGCCUCAGCCACCGCCCAAUGUCAUGACUAUUAAUCAAACGAUUAUUCAAGCUCCUCAAAUACAGAUGAUGCCACCACAGACGCCAAUGAUUCCCCCAGAAGAUAUUUCUGCUGCGGCGCCGACUCCAACUAACGGCUUAGUAAAUGAUCCUACCCUAAUAGGUGUAAUAGGAAUCCCAGAACCCAGAUUUAAUUACUUGGAUGUUAAUGUAUCUUCAACAUCCGCUUUUGGGCAAAAGAUUUCGUUCAAUCCGCAUAUCUUGCUAUUCCAAAGCUAUCCGCAUUUGAAGCAAUUCGUGAAACCAGCCAUCGAACGCUCCAUCCAAGAAUGGAUUCAUCCCGUUGUCGACCGAUCGAUCAAAUACGCACUAACGACUUGCGAACAAAUAAUUAGAAAAGAUUUUGCUUUCGAUCCCGACGAAGUACGAAUGCGCACAUGUGCACACCACAUGAUGCGUAACUUGACAGCUGGCAUGGCAAUGAUUACUUGCCGAGAGCAAAUCAUAAACACUAUCACCACUAAUUUGAAAGCUGCAUUUAUCACUGCCCUAUUACCGACUACACCUCAGCAGAAGGACAUAAUCGAAAGCGCCGCAGCCGUUCUCGCAGCUGAGAACAUGGAGUUAGCGUGCGCAUUCAUACAGAAAACCGCCGUCGAGAAGGCGUUACCAGAACUCGACAAACGAUUGCUCAAUGACUACGAAUUGAGGAAACUGGCGAGACAAGAAGGUAGACGAUACUACGAUCCGAUCGUCUUGAGCUACCAAACUGAGAGAAUCCCAGAAAGAGUCCGCUUGCGUGUAGGCGGUCCGACUGAAUCACAAAUUGUUGUUUACGAAGAAUUCGCUUGUAACAUCCCCGGUUUUGUGCCAGUGCGUGACGCUGGUAUGUUCAUGCCCAAGCCCUCAUCCCAAGAACAGAUACCGCAGAUGACUUACAGCCAAGUCAUUAACCCAACUCAGCAGAUGUACGGCACCGACGAAAUGGGUGCGCUGAUUUCGGCUGCGGAAAUGUUCUUGAGCAAUGCCCUCUCGGUUCCCUCCUUUGCCGUGCAGGCCACAAACAUGCACACCCUUCUUGAGUGUCUCAUCAUGGCAAGAAGGAAUCGUGACUUUGUUUCUGGAUAUACACUGCUUCAGAGGGCCGUAGAGGGGCUUCUAGACGGUCACAUAGUACAGCCAGGCGCAAGUAGCGAGCAUGUCGAGAUGAUGACACGCUACCGCGAUAUCCACCUUCGAGUCCUGAAGCUUCUAGAAGACGCCAGGGUUUACGGGCACGCAUGGACUACGAAACAAAUAACCUGCUGUGUCACGGAAUGUCGUGAUGAGCUCAAAUACAACUUAGAAGCGAUAGAUUGUCUUGUGAGAAAUCAUCUAAUUAAUCUACCUCAAUAUGACCUUGCGCUCGCGCACCUCAUGGACAGCGGCAACAAUUACGUGGCUGUGGCGUUUGCGAUGCAACUUGUUCAGCUGUACCUGGUUGAUGACAGGAACAACAUGUACGCUAACGAGUCCGACCUGUACCACACCACGGAAACGCUAGUGCGUAUGAUGUCGCACUCCCGCAACCCUCCGCCAGAGGGGCUCGCGUCUCUCAUAGAAGCUAUUAGAAUUAACCAAGACCCUAGCACGUAUUUGGGUGAGCGAUCACCGCUCGGUCCCACUUCUCAUAUUCACACUGGAAUCAUGCAAGUGCGAAACCGUGAAUACGACGACCCACCUGGUCUACAGGAGAAAACUGAGAAUCUUUUACGCGAAUGGCGCAAUGUUUUGCUGAGCCCACUUACUGAAAUAGAAAUAGCGCAGAACUUCAACAUAUAUGUACAUCGCAUGAAUAUGAAUGGAAUACUCAAAUCCGACGACAUGAUCACAAGAUUCUUUAGAAUUGCGACACAAAUGUGUGUCGAAAAUGUUUACCAGCUGUUGACUGAGGACAGACUCAACCCACCGCCUGUGCCUCCAAAGAGGGAGAAAUACUACGCAAUGUGUGACUCUUUCAUUAAAUUGGUGUCUUUGCUAAUCAAGAACACAGCUGACGCCGGUAAUCCCACACCAAAGUUGAAUUUGUUGAACAAGAUCCUUGGAAUCAUCGCUGGCUGCUUGUUACAAGACCACGAGGAGCACGGAGCUAAUUUCCAACAGCUUCCGUACCACAGACUGCUACUCAUUCUCUUCCUGGACAUGAAUAUGGCUGAACCUGUUUUAGAAUCUAUGAACUAUCAGGUUCUCACCGCAUUCUGCCACACGUUCCGCAUCAUCCGGCCGAGCCUCGCGCCGGGCUUCUGCUACGCGUGGCUCGAGCUCGUCGCGCACCGGGCGUUCAUCAACCGCGUGCUCGCCGUCACGCCGCAACAGAAGGGCUGGGGAAUGUAUUCGACACUCCUCAUUGAUCUGUUCAAAUUCUUAGAUCCGUUCCUACGCAAUACAGAGCUUGCCUCACCAGUUAUGAUGCUUUACAAAGGCACACUGAAAGUGCUUCUCGUAUUGCUCCACGAUUUCCCGGAAUUCCUUUGCGACUAUCAUUAUGGAUUCUGCGAUGAGAUACCGCCGAACUGUAUACAGAUGAGAAACCUGAUUCUCUCUGCAUUUCCUCGUAACAUGCGACUGCCCGACCCGUUCACGCCGAAUCUGAAAGUAGAUUUGCUGGCCGAAAUCAACCUUCCGCCCCGCGCCGUUAUCAACUACGCAAAUCUCAUCCCGUCGUCGCAAUUCAAGAAGGAUCUGGACGCGUACCUCAAGGCGAGAGCUCCAGUCACUUUCCUCUCUGAAUUGAGAAGCAAUAUGCAGAUUGUGAACGAGCCGGGCCGUAGAUACAACAGCCAGCUGAUGAACGCCGUUGUGCUGUACGUGGGCACACAGGCCAUCGCUCACAUCAGGGCUAAGGGGCAAACGCCGAACAUGUCGACGAUAGCUCACUCCGCACAUAUGGACAUUUUCCAAAACUUCACGGUUGAUUUCGAUUACGAAGGGCGCUACCUGUUCCUGAACGCGAUUGCGAACCAGCUCCGGUACCCGAACAGCCACACCCACUACUUCAGCUGCUGUCUACUGUACCUGUUCGCCGAGGCCAACUCGGAGGCGGUCCAGGAGCAGAUCACGAGGAUGCUGCUCGAGAGGCUCAUAGUAAACAGGCCGCACCCUUGGGGUCUGCUCAUCACCUUCAUUGAACUCAUCAAGAACCCCAUAUACAAGUUCUGGUCCCACGAAUUCGUCCACUGUGCACCGGAAAUCGAGAAGCUCUCAAGAGGCGCAGGCGGAGUUAGCGCCGCAGCCCUCAACGUCCAGCAUCCCCCCGCCCAAAGUGAUGCACUGGAACAAGCUCUUCAAAAAGUAAACAUUGACGUGCGUGCGUGAAGUGCGGACACGCGACAGGACGCUCGCUCGUGCGUGCACCCGACCGCUCUAACAUCGCUUCAAGCUCGCGAAUGCGUACACGCGUCUACGUGCGCUACGUAGCUACACAUUCACGACCCUGAAACGACGCUCAUAUGUUACCGUGAUAUUCGCUAAUUAAACGCAAAUUCUAAGUUCGAGACAUUGACGUUAAAUGAAACUCCGCGACACACAUUGUACCGGCCGAUUCGAAGGACUUUUUUGAUAUACGAAAACAGUUUGUCCCGAGUACGGUGGACGUGUUCUGUGAUAUUUUGGUGAUGCGUUAACGUUUAGUGAUUCGUGUAACAUUGAAUGACAACAUACUAAUUGUGGUAACGAUCGAAACGCCCGAUUUGGUGUUUUGAUAGUUUGCAAUAACGUAUUUCUAUUCGCCCCCCCAGGUAACGCCGUGACAUGAUGACUGAUAUCUGCCCUAACCUAGCUCCCACACUAGACUUAUAUAUUCCCAAUUUAUUGUGUAUAUAAUUAAGAAACUGAUGCAAUAUUUAGUCCAAUAGUCUCUCGAUUGAUUCAUAGUGAUAACUGAAAAACAAUUUAAAUAUCCUUUCGCAGGAAUUUUUCAUCUAUACCGUCUAAUUAAUAAAAAAAUAUGGUAAUUAUUUAAAUCAUUUUCGCCUGAAUUGUAUUAAGUGACAAUGCAUUUUUUUUCUAUUAUAUAUCCUUUUUUAUUCUAAAUUUCGCCUCCGAUUUAAUUGAUUAGAAUUUGUUCAUCGCAAUUUGCAUGCAAAUGUCUAUAUUACACAUUAAUUUGCCCUAUUGUGAUUAAAAUUGAAACAUUGUUAUGAAACUUGAACUUACAAGUUAACGUCGGUUUUAAUUAUAAUGUUUUAAAAACGUAUGUGAUAUAUUAAAGUAUGCCGAUGCCUGUGAAUAAUGUACAUACCAUAAUAUGUCGUUUUGUACAUUCGAUUUGCCCGGAGGCUCUUCGCGAGGGUGUUUCAGAGAAAUUGUACGUAAGUUACGGCCCGAUACCUAUAUGUAGUUAGGCGCAACAAACUUGUUAUUGCUUGUCAAUGCAGAUUCAUUAUCUAUGUGCGUACGAUGCUUCGCACGCUUCCGCCACGUCUGGACAAGCACUGAACUGUUGCAAAUAAACGUGAUCUCUGCGAUACCCUCGCUCAGCUUGGACGCCGUCAAUAUAUAUCAUAACAUAACUUGGUGUUUAGCUCGUGAAUCACUGUCAAUUGUUUUGUGAAAUUAAACAUAACUUGCGCACAUAAGUCAAUGUUUACAGAGCGCAAGUCGUUCUAACCGUAUGCGUGUGAUGGAAGCUGCAUCUAGUCGCACGCAUACAGAGAGACGGACGUGCGGCCGAUUGUAGCAAUAAACUUAGUUUUUUUUGAACCGUUCGAAUAUAAGUAUAUUUAAGAUUCACUUGUGUAAUAAUUAGAUAUAGUUGUUCAAGUAAUUAUUGUAGUUUUAAUUAACAUUAAUUUCUAGUGAUUUAAGGUACGAAAGCGCGUUGCAUAUUAUAAGUCCGAGUUUCAAAUUUGGAUUUCAAAUAUCUAUAAAUUAAUACUUUAAAAUUUAAAUGCAAUACAAAUGUGAUUAUAGUAAAAUGAAAUGAGAACUCAGAUAGUAAGCAGCGCGUUUUUUAAAGCGUUUUUAUUUGUAAUUUCAAGUAAUAAAAAGUGGCGUAUGAUAUGUUCUACGCUGCAACUUGUCGUAAGCCAUGUACUCCAUUUUUUAAAGGUGUUUUAAAUAAAUAUUUUUUUAGCAA